CAACACAACCCUAGAGAGUACAGAGAGUGGAAACUCUAGAGACGAAGAUCAAAGAAGAUGACGCAGAGGAGCAAUCAGUUCAAGGGGCAACAGAAAAAGAAGACCGUUGCUCUUAAUCGCCAUGGCAAAUCCGUUCAAAAUCACAAAGGGAAGAGAUAUAUGAAACCGUCCAAGACAACGAAAGAGUUAGACACCGACCGGGAGCUUACCAAGUUCAUAAACCAUUGCAAUGAAGUGAAAGCUGCCAACGCUGCUUGCAAAGAAGGUGGUCAACUUAAUAUCCUCAAAGCUGAGUCUCAAGCUGACACAUCCAAGAAGUCUACCAAGUGUUAAAAACUUUUUGGAAUUCUCACUACUAUCAAUCGAUUUUGCGUCUCUGAAUCAUUUAUAUAUUGCUAUGGUUUCCAGUUUUGUCUCAAAUACACAGAGUAAUGCGAUUUGUUUCCAGUUCUGUCACAAAUACACAGCUUGAAUCCAUACGCUUAUGACUUUCAAUAGCAACUAUUAUGACUUUCAUGAAUGAUUGAAUUUCCAUACGCUUAUGAAUUUACCACUGUGAGCUGUUACUACCUUCUUCAUUCCCAUUGCUAUGCAGCUGAUCUGAGGCCGAGUUUUCCUUUCGAUUUUAUCGAUCUCGACAUCUUGAGAUACUCUUUUUCCUCUCCUUUUCUCAACCACGACUUGGCUCUGCCUUCUCAGAACUGUUGAAACUUUGUCGUCCAUUAUACA